CAUGGCUCAGUAGUGGGCGGGGCUCGUGACGUAUGACGUAAACAAACACUGGCUUGUUCUCGAGGCGCUCUGGUUUUCGGACCGCAGCUCAGCUGACCGUGACGCACCGCAUUCGCGGCACAGGGCGAAGGACAGACGCAUAUAGAAGCUGGGUGUCGGUUUCACGCUGAGCUGAAGCAGUAAUGAAGCCCAGUGUGCCGACGGCAAAUGGCUGAUUCUGACGGAAUUCCGUACCCACGCGUACGCUAAAAGAGCGUCAGUUCCUGUGAUCCGCGUCUUGGGAGACGGGACGGACUAGAGCUGCAGCGAAAUAUCUCAGCCCUGUUUACAGAAGCACGGCUCCUCCUGGCUGGAUAUACUUCUAAAAAAGGUGGACUAAGCUGAAGGCAGCAAUGGUGGAUUACUAUGAUGUGCUGGGAGUGUCACGACAUGCUUCUCCAGAUGACAUCAAGAAAGCUUACAGGAAACAGGCUCUACGGUGGCACCCUGACAAAAACCCAGACAACAAGGACGAGGCGGAGACCAAAUUUAAGGAGAUAGCAGAGGCCUAUGAAGUUCUUUCAGACAGAAGCAAACGAGAUGCUUACGACAGAUACGGUAGAUCAGACAUGCCAAGCUCAGGCUCUGGUGGUUCUUCAUUUCCUGAUGACUUCCCAGGAUUCACCUUCACAUUCCGCAGCCCAGAUGAGGUGUUUCGAGAGUUCUUCGGAGGGCAGGACCCAUUCGCAGACUUCUUUGAUGAUUUCCCAUUUGGUGGAAUGCACAGUGGGUUUCACAGCUCCUCCUCCAGGCUUGGGCCCAGUCGCUUCUUCUCCUUCCCCUCAGCAAAUGCUGAUUUCACCUCCUUCUCUUCUUCAAUGGGUGGGAUGGGCAGCAUGGGAGGAGCAAACUUCAAGUCUGUUUCUACUUCCACCCGCAUUGUCAAUGGAAAACGUAUUACCACAAAAAAGGUCAGCGAAAAUGGCCAGGAGAGAACAGAGGUUGAGGAGGAUGGGGUUUUGAAAACUGUCCUCAUCAAUGGUGUGGAGGAUGAGAUGGCCUUAGCUCUGGAACUGAGUCGUAGAGAGCAGUCCAGUCAGCCUCCCAGACAAUCCCAACAUCCACUGCUCCGCCCCUCCAACAACAGCUCUCCAAACCCCGCUUUACGCUCCUACAGCGCCGCCCCGUUCUGCCACUGCCCCGAUGCCAAGGAAGAUGAGGAGGACGAAGACCUGCAGAUGGCGCUGGCCUACAGCUUGUCGGAGAUGGAGGCCCAGCAGCGGGCAGAGGACGUGAUCUCAGGUGCUGGGGGAGGGAGGGGGAAGCAACCAGGUGGUGGGAAGGGUGCCGUUCAAAAAAACAAAUAUCAGAGAGAAGUGCUGGAUAAUUCAAAUCAAAGCACCCCCUCGUCUCCAGAGGAUAGACUGACAGAACAGAGUCAGGCUAGAUGUUCAGAAAGUGUUGUUGUACAGAAUAAGGAGAAUGACAAAGUGGCGGCCAAUGGGACUAAUGUGGAAAAAAAGAGGAGGAAGUGUCAGUGCGUGGUGUGUUAGUAAGAAUGUGGAGAAAAAUCAUGCUUUUGUGUGAAAUUAACCUUAUGUUUUCAUCUUAUGGUUGUUUUUUUAUCCUUCCUGAAGUUUUUGACUUACAGCUCUGUCUCUUAUGGCAUUGCACAAAGAUGACUGUUGAAAUUGUAUUUUCUUGCAUUGAGGUAUGAGUAACAGGUGCCAAAAAAAACACAAAGUCAGGAAAUUUUACAACAGGACAUUUUGAAGGAACUGUUUGCAAUAUUUUAGACUGCCAUGCACAAAAUGUCCUGCUGUCUGACAGAUAUCACUGAAAUAGGUGUCGGGAUAUCAUUUGCCAGCCUUCACUCUGUAAACAGUAAAAAUAGUAAAGUCACUUUUGUAGCCAGUCAGAAACACUGUAUGCCUGUGAAUCGUUUGGGAUUGCUGAAAUCAGGUUGACUGACAUGUUUUUACAGGGUGCGAUUUUGGGAUUUUGGAGAGCAGGUAUAUGGUUAGCAAAAGUUAGCAAAAAGGUGAAAGUUAGCAUAAUGGCUGAAAUCUGUUACAGCACCUUUAAAUCCGAUAUUCAAAAUGACUUUUUGCUGCCAAACCAAGAUAAAUUCUCUGCGCUUACAUUUUCACUUAGAUUAAAUAAAUUGCUACUGAGUAAGUUGCUGCACUCUAAACCAGUGGUUCCCACAGUCUUGGAAAACCUAGAUAUAUGAGGUAGCCUAAUUUUACAAGUGUGAUUUCUAGGCUUGGAAAAGUAAUGUAAAUUAACUGUAAAAGUCAUGGGACCUUUGAAUAUAGUUGUGUACGAUUGGUGGUCCUGGAGUCAGAAAGAUUGAGUUUUAAUGGCUUUUCUUAGUGUUACAAUGCAUCUGAAUGGAUAUCUUGCUGAUUAGUUGACGUCCCAUUCCCAAUGAACCUUUCAUUUAUUCUUCCAGCAGUGAAGUGCUCUGUUUCAUCCAUAUUCACAUUUACUGCUAUUGUUCCUUCAAGAAAGGAGAUUCUCUGAUUUAUGACUGGAUGCGUUCUGAUUUUUACUGUGCAUUUGUCAUUCCUUCAGAGGUACUUGUUGAAUGUGAAGGGGGGGAGGGGGGGUUGCACAAAAACCUAAAUAUAAUCUGCCUCUGAGGGCUAAUGAUGUGAUUGGCAAUGACUAAUGGCUAGUCAGACAUGUAAGAGAAUGUAGAUCCGGAAUUAUCUCAGUUAAUGAAAAAUGUGCCAAAUAACUAACUGACUGACAGUAACUUGCAUCAUUAGCUUUAUAUGUGUCAGAAUGACUCCGUAUUGAUAUUUCGUUUGUGGCUUUUUUGUUAGAAUAGAAAUGCAUGGCUAUUGUUGCCAAUGCUAUAUCUCGCUUACAAGUUUGUGUACAAGUUAGUCAAAGAAGCACAUUUUACUUUUUUACCUGUUUGUGCAUUUUGUUCCAUUAUAACUAUCAGCUUUGGGAUAUAAAAUUAACAAUCAAAACAUCAAUACAUGAACAUUUGUUUUGCUUAAAAACACUAAGCACAGAAAGUUUGAAUGUGAUGCUAUGUGAAUAUUAAUAAAACGAUUUUGUGUAACUAUGUAAACUGCAAAGAGGAAACAAAGUCAUUGAUUUACACAAAACUGCUAUUUACAUUUGAAGACAACAUCGUUCUCUCAGAAGUUAUCAUUCAGAGGGCAUAUUCAGUGCUCAGAAAGUGCUAUUUAAAUAGCUAAAUUGUUAAUAAAUGCUGUUUCAGUCAUGCUGUUGCUAAUAUGAGAAACAAUAAAUGCUAGCAAAUACAUUCUGCUCAUAAGAAUUCAUUUGAAAUUGUCAGCAUAAAAAGUAUUUUGAUGGACCGCAAAUUUUUAUCCAUUUACUUUUUUCUCCAGUUUACCUAAUAAAAACAGCAGCUUUUUAUGAACUGUAUGCCUUUAAAUUCAAAUUGUGAGAAUACAACUCCAGAAAUUUAUUUAUUUUUUUUUCAGCUGAGAGGCUUUGCAUUAUAUGUUAAAUCCCUUUUCGCUUAAAUCCACUAUUCAUUUGAAGCAUGUAAUUCUCCGAUUUUUUUCAGUGUGAUUGUUGUCAUUUCCAGCACAUUCAUAUCAUCAUUCCCACUCAUAUGUAAACCUCAUGUGCAUUUAUUAUGUUUAUGAUUGUUUUACCUGACUCAUUCUCCCUGCCGUUACAGAGUCCGACUUCCAGGCCUUCACAGGCUGACUUGUGGCUGUGACCCCUUCGUACCCCCCCCA